UUCCCGCUGACUAGCAGGCAUCAUGGUGGCGUCGGUGCUAGAGGUUUCUCACGUAUUUUGCUGCCCGAACCGGGUUCGGGGAGCCAUAAGCUGGAGCCGCGGUCCGGGAGGACUCCUGGCCUUUGGCACGUCGUGCUCCGUGGUUCUCUAUGACCCUCAGAAAAGGGUGGUUAUUACCAAUCUGAAUGGUCACACUGCUCGAGUCAAUUGCCUACAGUGGAUUUGUAAACAGGAUGGCUCCCCUUCCACUGAAUUAGUUUCUGGAGGAUCUGACAAUCAAGUGAUUCACUGGGAAAUUGACAAUGAUCAGGUUUUAAAAGCAGUCCGUCUCAAAGGCCAUGAAGGACCUGUGUAUGCAGUACACGCUGUUUACCAGAGCAGGCCAUCGGAUGGAGCAUUGCAUACACUGAUAACUUCUGCAGCUGCAGAUUCUACUGUUCGUCUCUGGUCUAAAAAGGGGUCACAAGUAACAUGCCUUCAGACCUUGAACUUCGGGAAUGGGUUCGUUCUUACUGUCUGCUUAUCUUUUUUGCCCAACACUGAUGUACCAGUAUUAGCGUGUGGUGAUGAUGACUGCAAAAUUCACUUAUUUGUUCAACAAGAUGAUCAGUUUCAGAAAGUGCUUGUUCUCUGUGGACAUGAGGACUGGAUAAGAGGCGUGGAAUGGGCAACCUUUGGUAGAGAUCUUCUCCUAGCAAGUUGUUCACAGGAUUGCCUGAUAAGAAUAUGGAGGCUGCGUAUGAAGUCAGCAUCUUCAGAGACUCAGGAUGAUGACAUAAGACUGAAAGAAAAUACCUUCACCACACAAAAUGGAAGCACUGAGGUAACGUGCGCGGUUAUUCUGGAGACCGUGCUAGCUGGACACGAGAACUGGGUAAACGCAGCUCACUGGCAGCCUUCCUUUCACAAAGACGGUGUUCUUCAGCAGCCAAUGAGAUUGCUUUCUGCCUCCAUGGACAAAACCAUGAUCCUCUGGGCUCCCGAUGAAGAGUCAGGAGUUUGGUUAGAACAGGUUCGCGUAGGUGAAGUAGGUGGAAAUACCCUUGGAUUUUAUGACUGCCAGUUCAGUGAAGAUGGCUCCAUGAUCGUUGCUCAUGCCUUUCAUGGUGCACUGCACCUUUGGAAGCAGAAUGCAGUUAACCCAAGAGAGUGGACUCCAGAGAUUAUCAUUUCAGGACACUUUGAUGGUGUCCAAGACCUAAUGUGGGAUCCAGAAGGAGAAUUCAUCAUCACAGUUGGUACUGAUCAGACAACUCGCCUUUUUGCUCCAUGGAAGAGAAAAGACCAGUCACAGGUGACAUGGCAUGAGAUCGCAAGGCCUCAGAUACACGGAUAUGACCUGAAGUGUUUGGCAAUGAUCCAUCGGUUUCAGUUUGUGUCUGGAGCUGAUGAAAAAGUUCUUCGUGUUUUUUCUGCACCUCGGAAUUUUGUGGAAAAUUUUUGUGCCAUUUCAGGACAGUCACUGAGUCAUGUGCUUUGUGAUCAAAACAGUGUUCUUCCAGAAGGAGCUACUGUUCCUGCAUUGGGAUUAUCAAAUAAAGCUGUCUUUCAGGGCGACCUAGCUCCUCAACCUUCUGAUGAAGAGGACCUGUUAACUAGCACUGGGCUCGACUAUCACCAGGUGGCCUUUCAACCCUCCCUACUUACUGAGCCUCCCACCGAGGAUCACCUGCUACAGAAUACCCUGUGGCCAGAAGUUCAGAAGCUAUAUGGACAUGGCUAUGAAAUCUUCAGUGUUACCUGUAACAAUUCCAAGACUCUCCUUGCCUCGGCCUGCAAGGCAGCAAAGAAAGAGCAUGCAGCCAUCAUCCUUUGGAACACUGCUACUUGGAAACAGGUGCAGAAUUUAGUUUUCCACACCCUAACUGUCACACAGAUGGCCUUCUCACCUAAUGACAAGUUCUUGCUAGCUGUUUCCAGAGAUCGAACCUGGUCAUUGUGGAAAAGGCAGGAUAUCAUCUCCCCUGAGUUCGACCCAAUUUUCAGUCUCUUUGCUUUCACCAACAAAAUCACUUCCGUGCACAGUAGAAUUAUUUGGUCUUGUGAUUGGAGUCCUGAUAGCAAGUAUUUCUUCACUGGGAGUCGUGACAAAAAGGUGGUUGUCUGGGGUGAUUGUGACUCCAGCGAUGACAGCAUCGAGCACAGCAUCGGCCCUUGUUCCUCAGUCCUGGAUGUGGGUGGGUCUGUGACAGCCGUCAGUGUCUGCCCACUGCUGAACCCUGCCCAGAGGUAUGUGGUUGCUGUUGGAUUAGAGUGUGGGAAGAUUUGUCUGUACACCUGGAAAAAGACUGAUCAGGUUCCAGAGAUGAAUGACUGGACCCACUGUGUGGAAACAAAUCAAAGCCAAAGUCAUACACUUGCUGUUAGAAGACUGUGCUGGAAGACCUGCAGUAGAGAAGCUGAGCAGAGUGCAGACGGUGCUGAGUGGUUGCACUUUGCAAGCUGUGGUGAAGACCACACUGUGAAGAUAUGCAGGGUCAACAGAUGUGCACUGUAAUGCACUCAACCACACUUUUACACUCACUGUACCAUGUAAAUAGAGCAUCUUUCCUUACCUUCAUAAUUGUAUCAUGUUUCAUUUUUAAGCCUUUAUUUGAGUCUUAGGCCCUUUGAAAUUUGAUUAACACGGUGGAUGCUUUUCCUUGUAUAGUAUAUAUACACACACCCAGAAUUUUCCCCCUGUUGUCAGUGAUCCUUGUAACCGCUUCUGUGUGUUUCAUAUUAGAACAUUUGCUCUUUCGUCACAACCAA